AGCCAAGUGGUAUGCCAGGGGGAGUUUGGGCCAGAAGUGUUUCCGCCUCAGAAAUUGAAGUGAAUUGGCAGGCUCUCUCCUUUACUCCUGAAAGAGUUCUCGGCUACGAGGUACAUUUCCUGUUUUAAAUGUAAAUGAAACAGCGAGUUUGUGCAACACAAUUACAAUGCCUGUCGUCACCUACAGUGUACCUCAAAGCCUCAACUUCAAAACGUCAUGUUCCCAUGGAAACGGCUGAUUUAAUUGAAUGACUUGUGUGGCAAAAUAUACAGGCCUUCACAGCAGCAUCCUGAGAGCACUUUGGCCCUUUUAAAGAAUACAAAGCUAAUUGCUGAUCUACCUGUUUUUUUACUUCCUGUCACCUGUACUCAACACCACAAACACAUAACGCAGGCUGUGUUUUUGGGCCAGAAACAUGCCAAGCAUUUAACCACUUUCCGGAACCUUAACCCUAAACCAUCGCUGCCAACUUUUGAAGAUAGUUUGGAGUGAGAUUUCCUAUCAUAAAUCUGAAUGCUCCACCCAAAAAGUUAAUUUCCUGCAAUUCUAUAUAUUUUCACACAGCUUUGGCCCAUGACCAGGUUGGAAUACGCAUAUUUUUAAAUCAGGAUUAAUUUAAAGUUGAAUACACACUCAAAUCUCAACAACUUGGUUUGAAGUUACUUAGAGAUUAUUUGGGCAUGAAAUUUGGAGUAGGCUAACUGGUGGAAAAUGCUAUGGCUAACCAUAGGAUGGAUUGCAGUCUCUCCUUGUCCAUAAGAAACAAACAUGUAAAUAUUUCAUUAAUUUGGAUGAACUAUCCCUUUAAAAUAGGAACGUAGAAAUUCCUACAUAGAGGUAGCUCCCCAAGAGGGUUGGCCACCCCUGAUCUAUGUUUCCCAAAUACUGGGGAUUUGAACAUGUUCAUGUGACAUUUGAUUUCUACAAAUUACCCCACAUUCAAGAAAGAUCUAAUGAAUAUCUAUCUUCAUGUGGUUGAGGCUGAUUUGCAAAACCUUUCCAUCAUCUUUCUUUACAUAGGCAAGAUCUUUUGCAUUUAUACCUACCAUAUCUGCCUAGCACCGUAUGCACAAUAAUACAAUGACAAAACAGGAUAUUUGAGGCAAGGGGGCAUUUCAAUAUAGCCUAUUGUCAUUUUAUGACAUAGCCUAUAUUCAGCACUGUCCAUAAAUGCUUACAAAAAUGAAUAGCCCUCAUUGAAUAGCCCUCAUUGAAUUUUUUAUCUAAGACAUAUUGACAUAUCAGAUUUCAAAUUGAAUUACACAAGCAAAAUUGGUAAAAAGUCAAAUAGAAAAAGUAUGGGGAAUAACAGUAGUGUUCUUGCUGAGAUAGGCACACCAAUUAGUCUAUAUUUUAGCCCAUUGUAGGGGAUGGAUAUUGUUCUAAUGACUUAAAUCAGCUAUUGUGAAAGACCAAAUACAUUAAACAGACAAUAAGAUCUCCUGAAGACAAGAUGAUAUAGCCAACCCAAUUAUCUUUCAAUGUAUUGCCCCCUCCUCCCCCCACUAGAAUCAGUUUGGGUUCACAAUCUGUUUGGGCAAAAUUAUAUUCAUAAUACAGUAAGACAAAUCAGGUCACCCUUCCAAAAUUCCUGCUGAACAAACAAGGUGAAUAAUGUAACCUAUGGAUCUGGGCUAAUGCAAGUGGUGAAUUAAAUCACUAUGGUAGGCUAUAUUAUCACAUGCUGUCAAAAGGAAGCAUUUUGCGACAGGGGCAGGAGUGACAGCAAAUUAAUUUGUUGACAAUUAUGUGUACGAAAACAGUGCUACAAGUUGCUGUGCUGCUCUUUGAUAAUUGAGUUCAUAAACUUUGUUCAGUGUAGAACGAACGUGCUUGUCCAGUCUGUCGUGUCUGCCUUCUCCACUCUAAUCGUGGGAGGUCUUUCUUUACUAACGCGCAUCCAAUCGCCUUUGUCCCGGACCCUUACUAAACCAAUCACAAGCUUAAAUUUGCUGCGGUUCACAGUGCGGUGGCAGGAAAAUUAUGUAUCUCCCAGGUGAAGCUGCCGCGGUUGAAAAGUCAAUGCCCUGAAUAUUCACUGGAUUAAAUAGAAAAUAGAAGCAGUACUUUUUCCAAUGCGUGAGAAAUAAGGGGUGUGGCGUGUGAAGAGGGUCAAAUGUGUGUGUCUCACGCCCAAUGUGUGAGAAUUGGCAGCACUGCCCUAAACUUAACCUUAAACCUAACCUUAACCAAGUUCUUGCUUAAAGCAUCACUCUUCGGGAUUCAUGAAAAUAAUUACCUUGAGCGAGGCGGGAGUAAAAGGCAUAUAGCCAAUCAGAGCUCAGAAUUAGCAUAAACCAAAUCCCCAGUUUGAGAUGUAUCCACAUGUCCACAAGUCUGUAACAUCGGAUGGUUGUUUAUUCAGUGUGUCAAUGUGUUUGCUUCUGUCCCUAUUCAAGUAAUACAUUAAAAGAUAAACUCCCAUUUCCUCCCAUUUCAACAGGUGGUGUACUGGGAGGAUGACACCAAGCCAGAGACAAUGGGGAAAGUGAGGGUACCUGGGAGUCAAAUCUCGGUCACUGUCAGUGGCUUAGGGCGAAACACUCAGUAUUUUCUCACAGUCAGCGCUUUCAACACAGCUGGUACUGGCCCUUUCCUCCCAGCCAUCAACGCCACCACCAAGAAAUCACGUAGGUGUCUUGAACACACUAAAAUACGGACCUAGACGGUCAAUGGAGGGAAUUCCAUCAAUUGCUCAGCAAAAGGGAACAUUUGUUAAUAAACUGGACAAAGGUGUAGUGGACAGAGGGUGUAGGGUUCUCCAUUCUAUGUAGGGUUCUAUUUCAGCACGUUUACUUUUUGUCACGGCAGUGGUUGGGAAAUAGCUCUUAUUUAAAGGUCAAUUCUAACUGCAUGGUGGGUAGCUGUCAGGAGAAAAGUGUGUUGAGUAGAAUGAGCCAGGCCAUAGAGAUACAAUGACUGGUGAUGAUGACUGGGAGAGGUCAUGACUUGUUAUGGUAACAUACAAAGAAACUUAAUGACAGAAUGCUGCUUGUGUCCAACAGCACCUGGACAACCUCCUCUAAAUGUUGAGUGGACCUUGAUUGGCUCCCAGAUCACUAUAUACUGGGAGCCGGUGGUAGCCAUGGAAACAGAGUCAGAGGUCACCGGUUAUCAGGUGAGUUUAUAUUAUCCUCAGACUUCCCACUUACUUCAAAACUAGUAAUGGCAAAUUAGUCCAGCUACAUAUUUAUCAAUAUCUGCUGUACUUAUUGAUCAAUACCUACAUAUUUCCGUUAUGUCCAGGAAGAAUCACAUACCUUGCGUGGUCGUCUGGUCCACCACCUUGUAUAGUUUCUAAUGAUAAAUCCCAUCCUAAUUCUUCACCAGACAGAGAGAACUUGCUGAUAAUGAAGAAUGCUACUCCAUGUUUUCUCUUUUUCCCCCAUCAGCUGUCUUAUAGGAGUCUGAAACAUAAGGAAGAGAACAUGCUCUUGACAAACAAUUCCACAGCCGAGCUGACCCUUGUUGACGACGACGACUAUGUAAUUCACAUCAGGUCGCUGAGCGAGGGAGGGCUCGGCCCAGCCACAGAUCCCAUCCGCAUCCACAAACUAAGUAAGCUGCUCAUAAUGUGAAGCAUUAACUAAUCUGGGUUCAGCUAAAAUAUAUUUGUUAAUGAAGAUAUUAACAAAAUACAACAGGCCCUUGGACUAACUUAAUGUGACAAUGUGACGUUUCAAUCCCCAUCGGGACUGGGUCAGGUUAUUAGAAAUGGAUGGAUCUUGGAAAUGUUUUGUAGAUUUAAUACGAUCUGCGCACAAAGGAGAAGCAAGUUCGGAGGGACCAAGAGUCUUGUCUCAGCUUAUAUCCAAAACUAGUUGUAUCUACAGUUGAAGUCGGAAGUUUACAUACACCUUAGCCAAAUACAUUUAAACUCAGUUUUUCACAAUUCCUGACAUUUAAUCCUAGGAAAAUGUCCCUGUUUUAGGUCAGUUAGGAUCACCACUUUAUUUUAAGAUUGUGAAAUGUCAGAGUAAUAGUAGAGAGAAUGAUUUAUUUCAGCUUUUAUUUCUUUCAUCACAUUCCCAGUGGGUCAGAAGUUUACAUACACUCAAUUAGUAUUUGGUAGCAUUGCCUUUAAAUUGUUUAACUUGGGUCAAACGUUUCGGGUAGCCUUCCACAAGCUUCCCACAAUAAGUUUGGUGAAUUUUGGACCAUUGCUCCUGACAGAGCUGGUGUAACUGAGUCAGGUUUGUAGGCCUCCUUGCUCACACACGCUUUUUCAGUUCUGCCCACAAAUGUUCUGUAUGAUUGAGGUCAGGGCUUUGUGAUGGCCACUCCAAUAUCUUGACUUUGUUGUCCUUAAGCCAUUUUGCCACAACUUUGGAAGUAUGCUUGGGGUCAUUGUCCAUUUGGAAGACCCAUUUGCGACUAAGCUUUAACUUCCUGACUGAUAUCUUGAGAUGUUGCUUCAAUAUAUCCACAUUAUUUUCCUUCCUCAUGAUGCCAUCUAUGCUGUGAAGUGCACCAGUCCCUCCUGCAGCAAAGCACCCCCACAGCAUGAUGCUGCCACCCCCGUGCUUCACGGUUGUGAUGGUGUUCUUCAACUUGUAAGCGACCCCCUUUUUCCUCCAGACAUAACGAAGGUCAUUAUGGCCAAACAGUUCUAUUUUUGUUUCAUCAGACCAGAGGAAAUUUCUCCAAAAAGUACGAUCUUUGUCCCCAUGUGCAGUUGCAAACCGUAGUCUGGCUUUUUUAUGGCGGUUUUGGAGCAGUGGCUUCUUCCUUGCUGAGAGGCCUUUCAGGUUAUGUCUAUAUAGGACUCGUUUUACUGUGGAUAUAGAUACUUUUGUACCUGUUUCCUCCAGCAUCUUCACAAGGUCCUUUGCUGUUGUUCUGGGAUUGAUUUGCACUUUUCGCACCAAAUGACGUUCAUCUCUAGGAGACAGAACGCGUCUCCUUCCUGAGUGGUAUGACGGCUGCGUGGUCCCAGGGUGUUUAUACUUGCGUACUAUUGUUUGUACUGAUGAACGUAGUACCUUCAGGCGUUUGGAAUUGCUCCUAAGGAUGAACCAGACUUGUGGAGGUCUACAAUUUUUAUUCUGAGGUCUUGGCUGAUUUCUUUUGAUUUUCCCAUGAUGUCAAGCAAAGAGGCACUGAGUUUGAAGGUAGGCCUUGAAAUACAUCCACAGAUACACCUCCAAUUGACUGAAAUUAUGUCAAUUAGCCUAUCAGAAGCUUCUAAUGCCAUGACAUACAUUUCUGGAAUUUUCCAAGCUGUUUAAAGGCACAGUCAACAUAGUGUAUGUAAACUUCUGACCCACUGGAAUUGUGAUACAGUGAAUUAUAAGUGAAAUAAUCUGUCUGUAAACAAUUGUUGGAAAAAUUACUUGUGUCAUGCACAAAGAAGAUGUCCUAACCGACUUGCCAAAACUAUAGUUUAACAAGAAAUUUGUGGAUUUGUUGAAAAACGAGUUUUAAUGACUCCAACCUAAGUGCAUGUAAAUUUCCGACUUCAACUGUAUAUUAUGUGAGUGCAUAUUACCAUUAUAUUACCAUCAGGUAGUUACAGCUGAGAUAGCACUGGAAACACUGUUUCCAUCAAGCUGAAAACAGUUUUUCAACAGUUUUUCUCUAGAUUAAGUCAUUUAGGAACUUGAUAAUUUAGCCAAGAGACUUUUCCCUCUUUUGGGCUCCGCAGGCUCGUAUUUUGCUGAAAUAUGCAGCACAAUCUAUCUCUGUCACUAAGUUUCGCUUCCCUUCUCUCUGGAUACUAUAUUACCUUCCUGGGAGACUACAGGAGGAGACCUCUUCCUUUCCUUUAAAUGCUAAUUAGAGGUUCAAGCAGCGAAGCUCGCUUGGGUCCCCCUAAAGGCUAGAGCCAGCACUGUUUAUUGUUUUUGUUGAAGUUCAUUAUUAGGAGAUCAAGCAGCAAAGCUUCGAGAAACCCUCUCAUGCAAUGCCAUGCCAGUUGGCCAGAUGGUGGCGCUAUAACACACAAUUGAAAAUGAUUUUUUUUUAAGCUAAUGCCCCUCACCCCGUUUGACCUAGAGUCGCAAAAUUCGGUACAUAGGUUCGCCAUUAUGGAUUUUCCACCAUUUAGAAUUUUGUGGGAAACACUUUAAUGACAUCUCCUCCGGAAGCACUGGGCUGACCUGGAUGGAACUUGAUAUAUAGCAUCUAUGGACCAAGGUCUCCCAAAACAACAUUUAUCUGACUAGUAUCUCAAACAACAUCACAUUUACAUUUACGUCAUUUAGCAGACGCUCUUAUCCAGAGCGACUUACAGUUAGUGAGUGCAUACAUUUUUUCAUACUGGGGAUCGAACCCACAACCCUGGCGUUGCAAACACCAUGCUCUACCAACUGAGCUACACAGGUUGUUAUGGACAAAUAAACAUUAAAGUGACCUGACGCAUAAAUGCAUAUGAAUCCGACAUGGAUAUUUAUAUUGUAACAAAACUUGAUACAACAACUGUGGGAAGCCUUGGAGUCAACAUGGGCCAGCAUCCCUGUGGAACAAUUUUGACACCGCCUAGUCCAUGCCCCGAUGAAUUGAGGCUGUCCUGAUGGCAAAAGGCAGCAAACUCAAUAUUAGGAAGGUGUUCCCAAUGUUUUGUACACUGUGUAUACCCGUUGAUUCUUGAAGAAUAUAACUUAUAUAUGCCUCCAUGAGCUUAGUUCAACUGUCGUACCCCAUCAGAACCCAAGAUAUAAGCUUGUUUUACUCCAAUGUUGUAAACAAUGUAAAUGUAAACAAACACUGUAUAGCCUCAAAACAUGGUUAAAAGUACACUGAACAAAAAUAUAAACUCAUUAUGCAACAAUUUCAAAGAUUUUACUGCGUUGCAGUUCAUAUAAGGAAAUCAGUCAAUUGAAAUAAAUUCAUUUGUCCCUAAUCUAUGGAUUUCACAUGAUAGGGAAUACAGAUAUGCAUCUGUUGGUCACAGAUUCCUUUAAAAAGAAAGUAGGGGUGUGGAUCAGAAAACCAGUCAGUAUCUGGUUUGACCACCAUUUGCCUCAUUCAGCACGACACAUCUCCUUCACAUAGAGUUGAUCAAGCUGUUGAUUGUGGCCUAUGUAAUGUUGUCCCACUCCUCUUCAAUGGCUGUGCGAAGUUGCUGGAUAUUGGAGGGAACUGGAACACACUGUCGUACACGUCGAUCCAGUGCAUCCCAAACAUGCUCAAUGGGUGACAUGUCUGGUGAGUAUGCAGGCCAUGGAAGAACUGGGACAUUUUCAGCUUCCGGGAAUUGUGUACAGAUCCUUGCGACAUGGGGCCGUGCAUUAUCAUACUGAAACAUGAGAUGAUGGCGGCAGAUGAAUGGCACGACAAUGGGCCUCAGGAUCUCGUCACGGUAUCUCUGGGCAUUCAAAUUGCCAUCGAUAAAAUGCAAUUGUGUUCUUUGUCCGUAGCUUAUGCCUGCCCAUACCAUAACCCCACCGCCACCAUGGGGAACUCUGUUCACAAUGUUGACAUCAGCAAACCGCUCACCCACACGAUGCCAUAAAGUUGAAACCGGGAUUCAUCCUUGACGAGCACACUUCUCCAGAGUGCCAGUGGCCAUCGAAGGUGAGCAUUUGCCAAAUGAAGUCGAUUACGAUGCCGAACUGCAGUCAGGUCAAGAUCCUGGUGAGGACGACGAGCACGCAGAUGAGCUUCCCUGAGACAGUUUGUGCAAACCCACAGUUUCAUCAGCUGUCCGGGUGGCUGGUCUCAGAUGAUGCCGCAGGUGAAGAAGCCGGAUGUGGAGGUCCUGGGCUGGCGUGGUUACACGUUGGUUGGACGUACUGCCAAAUUCUCUAAAACGACCAUUGGAGGUGGCUUAUAGUAGAGAAAUGAACAUUCAAUUCUCUGGCAACAGCUCUGGUGGACAUUCCUGCAGUCAGCAUGCCAAUUGCACGCUCCCUCAACUUGAGACAUCUGUGGCAUUGGGUUGUGUGACAAAACUGCACAUUUUAGAGUGGCCUUUUAUUGUCUCCAGCACAAGGUGCACUUGUGUAAUGAUCAUGCUGUUUAAUCAGCUUCUUGAUAUGCCACACCGGAUAGGUGGAUGGAUUAUCUUGGCAAAGGAGAAAUGCUCACCAACAUGGAUGUGAACUAAUUUGUGCACAAAAUUUGAGAGAAAUAAACCUUAUCUGGGAUCUUUUAUUUCAGCUCAUGAAACAUGGGACCAACACUUUACAUGUUGCGUUUAUAUUUUUGUUCAGUAUAUAAUUUUUACAUCAUGGCUGGUCAGUCCUUAUAUCCAUAGCUCUGUCUAUGAAUUUGAGAGUGGUUACAUUUCUCCAGGCCCAUCCCUCAGCUUUUUACCAAAACAGAGGCGGGGUGCCGCUUUAUUAUUGUUUCAACUAAGGAUGUAGCUUUAAGGAGUACAGAAGUAGCUCAUCGAGAAUCCAUUUUGUCCUGAUAGUGGCGCUGUGGUGCCAUGAGGUUUGAACCCCGCAAUGGCUGCUUGCAGCUAUAUUUUGUAAUAUUGAUAUUCUGUGUUGAGCCACUGAAAAGGAUGGAGAGGAUUGCAUUCCAAACUGGCCUUUUCUAUAAAAUUUCAUUUCAGAUACGAAAUGUUUCCCCCCCUCUAUUGAAAUAUAGAGAAAUCCUGUAUUUGUACUUCUUUUUUGUUUUCAAAAUCAUAUUAGCAGGACAUGGGUGGUGCAGGAAGUGCCCCUGGAGACCAGGGUUCGAUUCCCUAGUCCCAUCCCUUCACUAUUCGAUCUGUCUGCCUCUCAUAACUGCUAUCUAUUGCUCUAUUAUAUAAAAACAAGAACAAAAAUAGGAGAACAAAAAAAUCACAUACGAAAGAACAUUACAUGGGUCAAAUACCUAAGACGAGGUAUUAUCUCUGUUUCAUAAAUCCUUAAUGUUGGCGUUGUGCUUUGUUCUAGGUAUGAGUGCGCGAGGCUCGAGGGCCUGGAGUCUGAACACAUCCCCUGUCUCUCUGCUCCUCACCAUCGCAUUGUCAACGUUCAGGUCUACAUCG